AUGAAUAACAAAAGGAAAAAACGCACAUUGAUUGUGUCGCGGAGAAUGGCACUGAAACGUAUCAACAAAGAAUUACUUGAACUUGAAAAAGAUCCACCAGCAAACUGCAGCGCUGGACCUGUGAAUGACGAUAUGUUUCACUGGCAGGCAACAAUAAUGGGACCGGGGGAUAGUCCAUUCCAAGGUGGAGUGUUUUUCCUUUCGAUUCACUUCCCGGCGGAUUAUCCAUUCAAACCACCAAAAAUCACAUUUACAACGAAAAUUUUUCACCCAAAUAUCAAUUCAAAUGGAGCCAUCUGUCUUGACAUUCUCCGUUCACAAUGGUCACCAGCAUUAACGAUUUCUAAACUAAUAACUAAACAUAAAGACAACUUCGUAGAUAUAUUUCAAAUGGCACUCAAACGUAUAACAAAAGAGUUACAAGAUUUACAACGUGAACCACCUGCCAACGUCAGUGCGGGACCCGUUCAUCCGAACGAUAUGUUCACUUGGCAAGCAACUAUUCUCGGCCCUGGCGACUCCCCAUAUCAGUCUGGUGUGUUUUUUCUUUCGAUAAAUUUUCCCACCGAUUAUCCAUUUAAACCACCGAAGAUCACUUUUACAACCAAAAUCUAUCAUCCUAAUAUUAACUCGAAUGGUGCAAUCUGUCUCGAUAUACUCCGAAGUAAUUGGUCACCAGCGUUAACUAUCUCCAAAGUUCUUCUAUCCAUUUGUUCGUUAUUAUGUGAUCCAAAUCCAGAUGAUCCGCUCGUUCCCGAAAUCGCUCGCCAAUACAAACAAGAUCCCGAGGGUUACAAUACAACCGCUCGUCAAUGGACACAAAAAUAUGCCACAUCGUGA